AUGAAAACUGUAAUUGAAAAAGUUAGAGGGAAUCUAUCCGGACAUAGAAUGACUAUCAAAGAUGUUGUAUCAGAAGUUCUUAAAAAAUCUGAUCCUGAAUUCAGUGAUGAUGAAGAAUUGAAUGUAAAUUUAUACAUAUCUAAUAUAUUUUAAAGAUUAUAGUUUCAUUACUAAAAAAGUAAUCAUCUCAAAGAACAUAAUUGGAUAUUGAUAAAAUUAGAUUGUCAUUCUUUAGAUUUAAGUUUUUCUAAGAAUUAGAAUAAUAAAUGGGUGCUGAAAUGGUCUCAGGAUUAUACAAAUAAUUGAGUUAUGAAAUAUAACAUAAGAGAUAAACCGUUUUCAAUAUAGGGGAUUUAGGAAAAAAGUUUUAUAUUAUUUUGAAAGGCAGUGUAUGGGUAUUGGUUUAGAAGAAAGGUUUGUAAGAUGGAUCAGGUCCUACUGAAGAAGAUUAAAAAUAAGAACAAGAUUUAAAAGAUGAAAAAAAUAAAGAAAUGAUGGAAAAUGCAAAAAAGAACACUAAAAAGAAUAAAAAUAAAAAAAAUAAGGCAUAAGCAUUCUUAACUUAAGUAACUUUAGAUGAUAUCUUUGCUACAAUGACUGAUAAAGAAUUUUUAGAAACUUAGUUUCCUACUUUAUAGAAGGUAGGUGAGAUAAAUUCAGGUGAAAGCUUUGGGGAAAUAGCUUUAACAAAAUAAGUACCUAGAACAGCAACAAUUGUAGCAGCUGAAGAUACUCAUUUUGCAACAGUGACAAGAGAUCAAUUUAAUAAAUUAUUGUCUGCAUAUUAUGAGGCUUAAUAAAAAAUGAAUAUUGGAUUUCUAAGUAAAGUUGCCAUAUUUUCAGAUUGGAAUGAUUAAAUGUUGAAUUAACUUUAUUAUCAUUUUAAAUAAGAAGAAAAAAAACUAUUUUAAAUAAUCUAUAAAGAAAAUGAAAAUGCUAAGUAUUUAUAUAAUAAUAUUAUAACUAUAGUCAUAUAUAUUUAUUGAAAUCUGGAGAAGUGGAAUUAUCAAAAUUUAUAGAUUUAAGUUAAUCAUCAUCUAAUAAUUCCAUUAUGAAGAAAUUCUUUACUAGAAAUGAAUAAAAAUUGGAAAAGGUAAGAACAUCUAUAAUUACAGCUGGACAAAUCUUUGGACAUGAAGAAGUCUUAGCUGGAAUCAAACGUGAAUAUAGAGCAAUUUGUGUUAGUCAAAAUGUAUCAUACUUUGUAUUAGAUAAAUAAAGAUUCUUAUAAUAUUUUUAAAAAGGAGCUGCAAUCUAAAAAUUACAAAGUUUUGAUCAAAAUAAAAUUAAUCAAAGAACUUAAUCUUUAGAUAUAAUUAAAUAAAUAAAAAAAAUACCUCAACCUAUUGAAUAUAGAGAAGUUCCAUUUAUUGAGUAGUAAACAUAAAAUUAAUCAAUUCUCAAGAAUUCACUUGAGAGAAUUGGAAAUCCUGUUGAACCUACAGGUUAUGAAAUGUUGUAAGGUCAUGGUCAUAUCAAUAAAGCACAUUAUAAUUUUAGAAGGAAUAUUAAUGUGAUUUACUCCAAUUUAAAAGAUACAGAACCAUUAUCUUUAGAGAAAGCAUUCUUUCAAAUGGAAGCCAGUAAAGGUUCUUCAAUAAGUAUUAUUAAUAGGGUAAUAUAUUAUAAUAUUAUUUAAGAUAUUUCCAGCUGCAGCAAGACCAAAAUAUAUUAUUCCAGAUAGUUCAAUUUCAUCAAAAACGAUAAUUAAAUCUCUUAAGUUACCAAAGAUUUUGACCGAAGUUGAAUUAGUAAUGUUGAACCACAAAAACCAAGACUACUUAAACAGUUUCAAAGCAUCAUCUAUAAGAGGGGAAUCAUUAAAAACAAUAAUUUGA